UUCAUCCAAGCCACACAAAUUCAUAUUUGAAACUGCAUUUAAACGGGAAUGGUUAAUAUUCUACCUCCUGAGGGUGGUACUCAAUUUUUUUUCUGAAACAGAAAACUGAAGAGCUGAAGAUUGCCUGGAUCAUAACCACACAGAAGAGACCGCACUCGGUGACUGACACAGCACAGUUGUCUAUCUAGAAAUUCUUUGACUUUUGACAACUUUAAAGUCUAGAGUUAAAUUUGAUCAUUGCUCAUGGAGGUCAAAUGUCUCUUGCUUUCUAUUAUAUUUGUGUAUACAUGUGAUGUCUCUGGACGCAAUUUCACUGUUACGACAAAGAUCUAUGACACAACAGAAAAUGAUUCUGUUUUGGAUGGGGUAUUGUAUGGAGAUUAUUCUGGAGACUACUAUGACGAAUAUUCUGGAGCAUAUUCCAGAAACUAUUCUGAAACCUCAUCCAUAAACUAUUCCAUUCCUCCAGGUUCAAUCAUUGGUCGUAUUGUCAGAAUCAAUGACGAAAUUAUUCUUUUUAGUCAGCCAUGUAACAGCACUGAUCUGGAUGCAGUGAAUUGCAACAGGACAGCACAGGACGCAUAUAAUAUCACAGCAGAUGCUAUGGACUUCCUCAAAGGCCUGCUGGUCACGCGCGUCAUGCCCUCGUUCUACAUCUUCAUCAUCCUCAUUAGUUUGCCCCUGAACGCUUUGGCCCUAGUGACGUUCACCUGUAGGAUUCGAGAGAAGAAACCAGCGGUGAUCUACAUGUCUCACCUGGCGUGUGUGGACCUGCUCUUCACCCUGCUGCUGCCUCUGAAGAUCCACUACCAGCUGAACUCUUCAGAUUGGGUGUUCGGUGAGGCUCUGUGUCGUGUGAUCAGUGCAGCUUACUACUGCUACAUGUACUGCUCCAUACUGCUGAUGAUGUGCAUGAGUGUGGACCGGCUGCUGGCCGUGGUGUUUCCCAUCGCCUCUCUGACCUGGAGGAGCACAAGGAAAGCUACGCUCAUAUGCAUAUUAGCUUGGCUGCUGGCUCUCGCUGGUACUGUGCCACUUCUCUCAAUGAGACAGACAUUCAAGAUUAAGGAUGUGGGCAUCACCUGCCAUGAUGUGCUGUAUCACACACAGCUGUAUGCUUACCUGUUCUCCAUCCUCUCCUACCUCUACUUUCUCUUGCCCCUGGUCAUCACUGUAGUGAGUUACUAUAUCAUCAUAUAUGUGCUCUCUACAAAGAAUAAUAACUUGGCAACAUUAAACUCAGACAAGAGAAGGAGGGCAGUGAUUAUGACUAAAGCUGUACUAAUGGAGUUUGUGCUGUGCUUUGCACCAACCAAUGGCAUCUUGUUGUACCACUGUGUUCGUUUAGCUAGCGGAGGCAGUGCUGAGGAGGGGAAAUACUACCUGAUAGCUACGUGUUUGGGGAGCACCAGUGUUUUUCUGGACCCUCUGUUAUAUUAUUAUGGCUCAUCUCAAUGCAGAAAGCAGAUCCUCUCUCUGAUGUGGUGCAUAAAGACAAAAAGCUCAACCACACCAUCCAGCACAAACAGUCGAACAAAAUCCUCGAGUCUGAACUGUGAUUACACCCCGGCUCACAUUCAGGAGUGAAUUGAUGUAAAUAUGGAUUUUUAAAUGCAUAGCCUGUAUUGCACAGCUUAAUGUUGUAUAGGUUCAGUCAAUGGUAUUCAAAUGCAGUUUCAAAAUGGCUGGAUUGACAUGUUUAUUUUUAGUGUUGGGCUGUGUAUAUUUAUAUAUGAGCUAUAGCAAAUACAUGUAUAUUGUACCUUUAAAGCUUGAAAUCAUUGUAUUUUUAACACAUUGCAUUUAGUUUUUAUCUGAAAAAAGGUGUUUGCAAAGUCAUGAUAUCUGUUGCAAUAUGUAAUGUAGUAAUCAUUCUGCCACAAUGCUGAUAAGUGUAACUUCCUCAUUUAUAAUCU